ACGCACCGGAUGUUGCCUGGCAUGGCCUACCAAAGUGGGGAGGAUUUUCCACCCAGCCUUACGUGUUUGAAAAAUGUUGACGCCCUGCUCCGAUGUCCCAUUUGUUUUGAUUUCCUCAAUAUUUCAAUGAUGACUAAAUGCUCCCACAACUUUUGCUCAUUGUGCAUCAGGAAAUUUCUGUCCUAUAAGUUGCAGUGUCCAGUUUGCAAUUCACAAACAACAGUGCAGGAUCUAAGAAACAACCGUUUAUUGGAUGACUUGGUCAUUACCUUUCAAGCAGCAAGGGAACAGUUGUCAAAAACAAAUUUUGACUCGCCUCCAAUAUCCCCGAAGACCCCAUCUUCAGCUGUCAAAGUCAAAACUCCUAAAGAGAAAGGUCCAAAGGGUAACAGCUCCAUUUUGAGUCACUUUUUCCAGAAGGGGUCCAAAACACCUUCCACAAAAGAAGCCAAGCAAGUUGGUUCUACCACUCAGUGUGUUCUGACAAGCAAAAUACAGACAGUACGCACCUACAGUGCAAAUAGAGCUGAUCUACAUUCACCUACUGCUCAACCUCCUCUCACUGUGAAAGAAGAGCCAGCGGAUGAAGGCGACUUAACUAUCCAGAAUCUGAUGAGAGUUAAGCAGGAGCUCCUAUCCCCAGUGCCACUGCCUUGCAAGGCUGAAUCUGUAACACCAUCAAAAGACAUAAAGCCAGUGAUCAAAGUUGAGUGCCCUGUUUGUUCUGUAGGUGUCUCACCAAAUUUUAUCAAUAAGCAUCUGGACACUUGUCUCACCAGUGGAGAGAAGAAGGACAGCUUGAGGAGCUCUGGAGGCAGCUCUGGAAGCAGCUCUGGAAGCAGCAAGAGGCGUCCGAUGGGGAAGUUAGUGUACAACCUGCUUUCCCAACAGGAACUGAAGAAGAAGCUGAAGGAGUGCCACCUUUCAGUGCAGGGUACUCGAGACCAAAUGAUCAAAAGACACCAGGAGUUUGUCCACAUUUACAAUUCCCAGUGUGACUCUCUUAACCCAAGAUCAGCUGAGGAUAUUGCCAAAGACGUGGAGGCCAAUGAGAAGACCAGAAAUGAACUGCAGGGGAAAGCCAAACCUGUCAUGGUCUUCUCAAAAAACCAGUCAGAGAAGGAGAUUGAUGAGAUGCAUUCAAACUAUAGGAAGCAGCACAGUAGUGAAUUUGCCCACCUUAUUGCCCAAGUCCAGGGGCGCCUAAAGACCACCAGACAAAGUCGAAUCAAGCAGGAAGUCAGCGAGGAAGGGGUGGAAGCCCAAGCACCGCACACUGCAGAUCAAGUUGCAGAAUCAAAGAGUAGCUCAUCGCCGAUGGUAAAGGAGACAGGAGGUGAUGCAGAGACAUCGGCAGGAUGGACUUCAAGGCCAAGGUCGCCCAGCCUUUCUGACAGUGAGGUGUCCAUCAGCAGUUCCAUUUCAGACAUCUUUGGACCGGAGCCUGCCAGAAAUUUUAAAGACACGAAGACCCCUGUCCGAAAGCGGGCAUCUGUCUCUGGAGAGGAAGAUGAGGCUGCAUCUGUCAGUGUGGGAAAACGCCGCCGCAAAACAUGAGGAGAGAUGGAGGAAGGGGAAGGAGAGAGGGGUGUCUAGCCUGAAACAUAUCAAUAGCAAUUAACCUCAGACUGACUUCGAAACAAUGAGGUGACUUCUAUCUACAUUCCUGCCCGACAUCUUUCUGACAAUUUGUACUGUUUGCAUUUGAUAUUACAGUAUGAAUAAAAUUUUCAUAUUUUAACUUAAUGUAGUUAUGUAUAGACCGUGGCCAACAGUAUUUCAUCAGAUCAUGGAAAUCUGUGAAGUAAUUCUACCUCUACAAUAAGGAGACUGUAAUCAGCAGUUAUUUUGUCACUGCUCACUGUGUGCAAGGUUUGUAUGUAUGUUAGAGAGUAAGAAAAAAACGUGGAAAAACAGAUUUAAAAUUCACUCCUACAGCCUGUUACAGCCAAUUACCCUGCGCCACUGCCCCAUCACUGUCCUAGUCUUAUGUUGCUGCUUGUGUUUUUAAUCCUUUUUUUUAUUUUUUUUUUUUUUUGUUUAAUUUUUUUAUUUUAAUUUUAAUUUUCUUGGUUUGUUCUUUGUUGUUUAUGUUCUUUUCCAUUUUGUAUACAUUUUGUAAGGUAUGUUUUGUAAAACGCACUUUAAAUGAAAUAAACUAUGGGCUUUUUGCUUAUACAACAUACACCUAGGUAGAAUUAACAUUGUAACUUUGCUACAUGCAUCUUUGGACAUUAUUUGUUAAUAAGAGUCACAGCAGUUAUCAGAAAAUAAAUAAUAAAAUACAGUAACAAGAUGCAGUAAAACAUUUGGCAUUUUGCAGUGUUAGCCAAUGACUGCCUAUACUGAAUAUUUAAAAUAUGUGCGUAAGAAUUUGGUACAACUGAGGAAAUCCAGCCUAAAGCAUUAACCCUGCUGGAUCGCGACAAAUCUCAGCACAGCUACAAUGGCGCUUAAUGAGAAACAACAAGAGCAAGGGUUUCUUUGUGGACUCACCGAUUUGCAGCAGUGUUAAACAAACAUACAGGGAGAAAAUCACCAUAGAAAAGAGAGCGUAUGCUUCUUUAUCCCAUUGUCAGGCACUGCAGCUGUUUUCAAUGUGCAUAAUUUUUUAAUUUUACCAACAAAAAAACAAUUGCCCCCCAAGACAAUGAAACAGCAGCAGAAACAGUGUAAGUUGUCAGUCCCUCUUAGGCUGGAUUUUUCCUCUAAGUGCAAUCAUGUUCUCUCUGAAAUGGCUUAUCAAAUGUGUGUAGACUGCUUAGGGUGCAGGGCUACAUAAUGGCACUUGGCUCCAGUGAUCAUUUUCUUUGUGUUUGAUGUGUUGUUUGGCCACCUCAGAUCCACUGAGCUCAACUCACAUGGGAUUUGCCUGUCAUUCUCAAUUCCAGCUGUGCAUCUGUGCAAAAAAGCUGUAAAACUGAUUCUGUUUUUCUGUGAAAGAAAAGAGAGCGGGGUCAGUUUAAUUCAAUAAACUCACGUUUGAGGAGAAGCCAGGUCAAAGCAAAGCAGGGAGUAAACACGUAGGAAGGGGAGGUGUUGUUGAUGUAUGCGUGUGCAUGGGAGAGUGAGCGGGAACACUGUGGAGCUGACCUUGAUUGGAAACAGAGCUCGCCUGGAGCCUGAACGGAAACACUGUGCUUCUGACUUGCUUCUCCAAGCCUCUGAGACACUGUGGGGACUCACUGAUGGACUGUCCAGGAGACGCAGAGCAACUCCCUGCUGCAUCACAAACACCACUGGCCCAAUAUCUCUGUGGCAUGCUCAUUUUACCACACGCCUCCACUGCUCCCCUCGUUUUCCUACUUCUUUCCAAGACAAGGCUGCAAAGCUAGUUGCUGUGGUUUGAACGGCAACAACGAUGCUCCUCUUGCUUGAAACCACAGGGGAGAGCUAUGUGGCUCCUGAUCCCUGCAUGGAUUUGAGAAGCAGCGAAGUACAGAGAGCUAUCAUUGAUUCCAUACACAGGAGAGGUCCAACAGGACAGACACUUUUCCACUUACCGUGACCCUUUUCCAGCAGAAGUCGCACUCAACACAUUUGUCUGUCUGGGUGGGAAACUUUUCUCAUGAAAGGAAUUUGUGCGGUCACCUCUUUCUAACACUAAGUGAAGCAAUGUGAAAAUCUCAUAAAUCUGCAGUAAUUAGAUGAAGCCGUCUUGACUGGUCCUGGUACUAAAAAGAAAUCUUUCAACCAGAGAAAAAAAUUGAAUCUACCUUGAUGUAUCUCGAUGUUUGUAAUGAGUAGGCUUGGAUCAAAUAGCUGCAAAUAAUUCUUAACAUUUGCUUGAAAUUGCUCAGAAUACCAAAUGGGUUUAUUAGUUUAUUACAUCAAGACAAUGCAGAUACUGCCAGCUACAUUCCUGAUUAGAGAAAAGUAUACUAAAUUGACUUUGCAGUACUUCCCCUUGAAUGUUUUAACUCCCACAUUGACUGCAGGCUAGCUGGGUUGCUGCCUGCUCUUCCAAAUUUGAGUUUGUAAGUAUUCAUUUCAGAAGGUAUUCCACUGCCGUGAUAGCCUUUUGUCUGUUAAGAGCCUUCCAGAAAUCCCAAAAGAUGGGUGACCAAUCUUAAUGUCAUGGUGAGGGAUCUGUCAGAUCCUUUCUCCAGGGCACAGUCGCUGCCACACGGAGGCUCCUUAACCCUCAUGACACUAGGCUGUGCACAGCCGUUUGUGCCCCUGGUCCCUGACUCCAACUCUGCCUCAACACACAAAGCCUUGAAUACCAAAUAACUGUUGUGUCUUUAUAUUUACAAAAGGCAUCCAAUAUUCACUAUAAAAAUCUUGGAACAGGUUUAUUUCCAUCACAAUCAAGUAAUGAUAUCUCACCUCAGAUUUUAUGAUUCAGUACUAGACUAACUUGUCAAGGUGGACAUUACACUGCCAGCAUUAACUACUGAAAAAAAAAAAGUUUAUUUUUUGAGCUUAUGCAUCUUCUCAACAGGCUACCAGCCAUUUCUCACGUCUGUUUUUUGAAUUCCAUGCAUUUUGAAGAUUGUGAAGAUUAUAGAUGCAACCUCCAAAAUCACAUACUUUAUACGUGGCUAUAAACCAGAUGGUACAAUUUCUUUAUCGCUUGAAAGGUUUUUCAGUCCAAGAACUCAUUUGACAGCUUGUCAAAACUGUAUAUUUCUCUUGAGGUGUGGACUUGACUUGCAGUCUGUUGAGCAGAUUGUUGGAGGAGUCUUUGUUUAAUUGUUGUGACAGGACUAUGCAGUGCUUCAUUCCUACCUUGAUUUCUUGGCUACGGCAUCUUACCUUGUUACCUGUAGUGCUGUGAAAAAGUAA